AUGCAACACAAACUCUCGCUCAUCGGUUCUCUCGGUUUGGCUCUCAACGGUAUGGCCGCAUACGUUCCAUCCGAACCAUGGAGCACCCUGACCCCUGAGGGCUCUUUGGCCGGUACAAUCACAGACUACUCGUACACUUUCGGAAUUGCUAUCAACCCUGUCACUGCCGAGGGAGGCAAGAAGGUCAAGAGAGACGUUGUCACCCAAAUUGGAGACGGACAAAUCCAGGCUACCACUGCUACCCCUUCGUCGACCUCUAUCGCCGCUGUUGUGACGCAAAUUGGAGACGGACAGAUUCAAGCUACCACCAGCACAGCUUCCGCUGCUGCUGUCGUGACUCAGAUCGGUGACGGCCAAAUCCAAGCCACCACUGCCACUCCAUCCACCACUUCCGCCGCUGGUGUUGUCACACAGAUCGGUGACGGUCAAAUCCAGGCUGACACCACCACCUCUUCUGCUGCCGUUGUUACUCAAAUUGGCGAUGGCCAGAUCCAGGCUACCACCUCUAAGAACAAAGUUUCUGCCGCCUCCCAAAUCAGUGACGGCCAAGUGCAAGCUUCCAGCACUGCUACCAACUCCGCUGAGGCCGCUGCCCAAAACGAUUCUGAAAACCCAGUGAACAGCGUUUCUUGUUGGAACGAAAACGCUCUCUCCAUGACUCUGAACGGUACCAUCUUGACAGACUCCAAGGGAAGAAUCGGAUCCAUUGUUGCUAAUAGACAAUUCCAAUUUGACGGACCUCCACCACAAGCCGGUGCUAUCUACGCUGCUGGCUGGUCCAUCACUGACGAGGGAAGAUUGGCUAUUGGAAACACUACCGAGUUCUACCAGUGUCUGUCCGGAAGCUUCUACAACCUGUACGACGAGCACAUUGGCUCCCAGUGUGAGAAGGUCUACUUGGAUGUUGUUGACCUUGUUAAGUGUUAA